AACCACCACCCCAGCACCCUCUCCUCCUCGCCAUCCGCCACCACCACCGCCACCGCCACCGCCAGCUCUCCUCGUCCUCUGCUGACGCCGUGGCCGCAGCUGAGGUUCUGGGGACGCUCACCACCGCCCCUUCACCUGACGCGUCGCGCGACCUCGAUUGCCUGCUCCGCCGCCUAGGCGACCGCGGUCUGGCAUCCGCCCUCUCAUCCCUUCCUUCCCCCCUCCCAGCGGCGUCCGCCCUCCGCCUCCUUCACCACCUUGUUUCCAACGAUCCCUCCUCCUCCAGCCACGGCCACGCCCACGCCGACGACCUCCUGCCCCCCCGCGUCUCCGCGCUCCUCCUCCCCUCCCUCGCGGCCGAUCGCUCCACACUCCCCUCCGCUCGCCGCCUAAUCAGGCGCCUCCUACAUCACCACCCCCUCCACACUGCCGCAGCGGCUGUGGCCGACGCCUCCUCCAUCCCCUCAUCGGAUUUACUCCUCAGCACCUUCCUCAACUCCUCCGCACGUGGUUCCCUCAGGGGGUGCCACGGACGCCUUCCAUGUGCUCUCUUCCCGGGGCGCUUCGCCCUCCGUUAAGAUCUGCAAUAUGCUCCUUGAAGCUCUUGUGCGUGCUGGCCAGCUUGACGCCGCUUGCAAGGUGUUUGCUGAAAUGCGUGGUCGUCAGAACGUCACUCCGAAUGCAUACUCAUAUACCUCUAUGAUCAAGGCCCUUUGCAGGGCUGGAAAGGUGGACGGCGGUCUUAAGAUGCUUGCAGAGUUAGUCCAUGCUGGGCUGCAGCAAUGUGCUGGUGUAGUGCCAUACAAUCUGCUGAUGGAUGGACUUUGCAAGAGUGGAAGAGUAGACGAGGCUUUUCGGCUGAAGGAGAGGAUGGAAGAGAGCAAGGUGACUCCGAGCGUGGUCACCUUUGGCAUUCUGAUCAAUGGUCUUGCAAGAAGUCAGCGCUUUGGGGAGGUUGGUGCAGUGUUGCAGGACAUGGCUGGUUAGGAAUCACCCCAAAUGAGAUCAUUUACAAUGAGCUUAUUGAUUGCCAUUGUCGGAGGGGGCAUUUCUCAGAAGCAAUCAGGUUGUUUGAUGAAAUGCUCUCAAAGGAGAUGAAGUCAACAGCAGUGACUUACAACUUGAUUGCUAGAGCUCUAUGCAAGGAAGGGGAGAUGGAGCGUGCUGAGCAGAUAUUGGAGGAGAUGUUAUCGGCUGGGAUGGUAGUUCAUUUUGGUUUGUUUAAUUCAGUGGUUGCAGGGCUUCUCCAAAGGACUGGAAGUUUGAAGUCUGUGGUAAGGCUUAUAAGCGAAAUGAUUAUAAGAGGUAUGCGACCAAAUGAUGCUCUCAUGACAGCUUGUGUGAAGCAGCUUUGCAAGGGCGAAAAACACCAAGAAGCAGUUGGAAUUUGGUUGAAGUUGUUGAAGGAAGGUUUGUCUGUCAAUAUUGCAACUUCUAAUGCAUUGAUUCAUGGGCUUUGUGAGGGGAAGGACAUGGAAGGAGCUACUGAGGUUCUAAGGACCAUGGUUAAUAAGGGGCUUGAACUGGAUAGCAUCACUUAUAACAUAAUGAUACUAGGUUGCUGCAAAGGCAAUAAAAUAGAGGAAGCAAUUAAACUCCGUGAUGACAUGAUCAGAAGAGGGUUGAAGCCUAAUAUUUUCACGUUUAAUACAAUACUACAUGCUUAUUGCAUUUUGGAUAAAAUGGAAGAGGCCAUUCACCUGCUGGAUCAGAUGAAAAUUGAGGGACUUCGGCCAGAUAUAGUGUCAUAUGGCACUAUAAUAAAUGGAUAUUGUAAAAUAAAGGAUAUUCAUAAAGCAAAUGAAUAUUUGACUGAACUGAUGACCUGUGGAUUAGAACCAAAUGUAGUAAUCUAUAAUGCACUUAUUGGUGGUUAUGGUAGAGUUGGUAACAUUUCUGGUGCAAUUGAUGUCCUUAACACCAUGAAGUCUGCUGGCAUAAGACCAACUAAUGUAACUUACUGCAGUCUUAUGCACUGGAUGUUCCAUGCUUAUCUUGUUGACGAGGCGAAGACCAUGUUUGAACAAAGCAGAGAAAACAGCAUUGAGGUGGGAGUAAUUGGCUACACAAUUAUGAUACAUGGUUUUUGCAAAAUAGGAAAAAUGGAUGAAGCUAUGAAUUACUUGGAGCAAAUGCGGUCCAGGGGUAUACCUCCAAAUAAGUUUACUUAUACCACUCUGAUGUAUGCCUAUUGUAAAUCUGGUAAUAAUGAAGAAGCCUCCAAGCUUUUUGAUGAGAUGCUGAGCUCAGGAAUUGUUCCUGACAACGUUACUUACAAUACACUAGUUACAGGGUUUUCUCAAGUGGAUCCAUUGGACAAGGCUACAGAACUGCCUGCUGAAAUAUCAAGUGUUUUGACACAGAAUGAUUGUUUGUACAAUGCAUUAGUUAAUAGGAUAACCAGACCUUGGUGCCAGAAAGAAGCUACUUCCAGUGAAUGAUGUUUGAUUAAGGAACCAUAAGGAAGACUGUUUUCUGAACAGACCCAUCCAAGCAUGAAAGGGAACUAGAGAGACCACAGAGGCCCUCGCCUUGCUAUUGGCUAGAUAGCUUUCUCAUCUAGCAGGAACAUCAACCGAGUCCAUUCAUCUCUUAUCUUGGACAGCUAUCCAACAGCAGCAGGUUGCGCUUAAAGUUUAUUUAUGGUAAUGUAUAGUUGCUCAUCAAGCUGCUACCUUGUGGCAUGUGGGGGGUGCCCAACAGAAGCACCAGAUUGCCUUGAAGGUUCAUAAUUGCCUAACUUUGGUUGACAAUGACAACACCUUGAUUGCCUCUCAGUGGAUAGAUGAUGACUGAAAGGAAUUACCUGCUUCAAGUUACAGAAGGGUUCCCCGCCGCUGCUCCUUCUCUCCAACUUCAAUCGCCACACCGAUCCCUGACACGAGGAGCGUGACGCCAUUCGGGGAGAUUUGCACACCUGUCUCCAUUGGAACGCUCAAGGAGGCGCAUCUCGGCCACCGUCAAGGCCACCGCCGCCACCUGCGGGUGUAACGAGGUGGAGGAGGAUCUCCAGUGCUGAGGCGCCGGGUGGAGGAGACGCCGUGGUGUCUACAUUGCGCUCACUGCUGACGGGGGUCCGCAAGGUCGAGCGUUGGGAGGGGUUGAUCAGGAUUAUGUCGAGGGCGAGACGUCGACGCUGGUGUCGGCAACCGUGACCAUGACCAGGGGAGUGAGGCACCAACGACCAUGACAUUGACCAUGCUGGCCCCUUGUCUUUCGUACCUGCCGCGAUCCGGUUCAGGCAGCUGCCAUUCAAACUGAUCCCGUCCAGCAACCUUCAGGUGAGUGAGCAGCUUCUGCUCCACCGAUGCAGACAUACAGAGGUUCAACUUCAUGGGCUGGAGCUCGGCUGUAUUCACUUGCAUAUGCAUUUUUUCUACAACAUUGGAUUCUCCAGGAAGUUCAUGCAUGUUCAUCCUCUAUUUGAUGUGGUUUUCUCUCAUAAUGUGGGCCAUGGAGAUAGGUGCCCUUUUAGUUACCACAGAUUUUAGAAUUUUUCUGCUAACUGCCAUCUCCACUUUCUUGUCAGAUUAGGCAACUAAUAACUGAAUUUUUGCACAGUUCUACUCCCUCCGUCCCAAAAUAUGUGUCUCAACUUUAGUACAACUUAUUUUGGGACGGAGGGAGUAUCAUUUUUGCACUCAUUUAUGGGUCCAUCUACAUUGAUUUGAUAAAAUAAAAUAAAAUUAGUAGCGUCUUCUGCUAUUCUGUAACUUAAAUCAAGAAUGCCGUCUCAUGUGUCUGUUUUGAUAAUGCAGUUUGUAAUGCAAGCUAAUUGUAGUGCCAUGUUCCAGCUCCUUUUAUUUCCAUUGUUGUGUGCUUGGUUGGUCAUGUGCUCUCCUUGCCAUGUUCAAAUCAAAGUGUACCUGUAGAUGCUCAAAAUUACUUGAGUUAUGUACUGCUUGGACUUUUUAGUUAAAGCAUCAUCUCUUAGAAUUGCUUAUAUUUACCUGUUACACAUCAUUUGGGUCUUCUGCAUUGCCAAGAGUUGUUAGCUAAAAGUUCGUACACUGUAUAAUUUCUUGUUAGCUUCUGUGCAUGGAGUCAUGUUCUGGGUUGUACAAUCCAGGUUGACUAUGCUGAGAUAAUCGUCAUUUUGAUUAUGACACCUUACCAAGUUUAAUAUUUCAGUUCUCUGAUGUUAUACAUAAUCUGGUUACUUAUUGCAGCAUAUUGUGCUUCCCAUUUUUAUUUAAUUCUGUCACAUACUUGGAGUAUUCGGCACACGGUGAACUUCUUUUAAUUAGGAUAGCUACUUGUAUUAUAAUUCUAUCAGCAACCUAAUCUCUCAGUAUAAGUUAUCCAACCUAUUUGUAGUUCAGACCUUGCAAAUAUAUAUUGCUUCAAUAUUUACCUAUGACCCGUAAUAAGUAAACAUAUGUAAAGUUAAACUACUUCAUUUAUGUACUAUUUGCUGGAUGUAAAAUGUUAUUUGUGUUGCAUAGUUCAACUAUGAAGCAAAUUGAUCAUGUGCUAGGAUGGUAUCUUAGUAUCUAUGCUUAAGUUGUUAAUUGCGAACCAAGGUGAUCAUUACAGAAGAUAAUAUUGUUUCUCUCUCUGCAGUUUGCCGUUUUCGUAUGAUACUAUGAUGCAUGAGUUCAUGAAGCAAGCAAAAGAAUCUAUCUCAAAAUUUUGUGUUCCAACCUAUAACAAUUCAACAACUGUUGAGUGCUGACUUUGGCUAUCUAGCAUGCUGACAAGACAAAGAAUAAUCCUCGGUUGCUGACUUUGAGCACUGAAGUAUGUGAAUUUUGUUCUCAUGGAUUUAUGCAAAUAUGAGAAAUUUUCAUUUUCUUACUGAUGUUAUGGUACGGCUAUAUAAAUCGAAAUUUCAGCUCA